UUCAACCAGCACAAGGAUCCACAUUUUAUACAAUCAAAACUCACCUGUUCUUAAAGCCUUUUCAGGUUUCUUCUCUUUUUUGCAAAGAGCCAAUCCAUAAUAGAGUAUGGGUAUCCUAUUGCCUGGUGUUCUCCAAGCUAAGCAAAUUCUCCGCCAAUCUCCUCUGACUGCAAGUUCAGCAGCUUCAAAUGCUGUAAAUGUCCCAAAGUGGUACGUGGCAGUUUAUGUUGGAGAGUCUCAGAAGACGCGAUUUUUGGUUCCAGUGUCAUACUUGAACCAACCUAAAUUUCAAGAGCUGCAACAUAAGGCUGAAGAAGAGUAUGGAUUUGAUCAUCCAAUGGGAGGUCUUACAAUUCCUUGCCCAGAAGACACCUUCCUAGACAUUACCUCUCGCUUCAUCCUCACACCCGUUCGAUAUAAAAUUAUGGGUAUCCGCUUGCUCAAAAUUGUUCAUGCUAAGCGGAUCCUCCAGCAGGUUUUUUCGACUCCAAUGGCUAAGGAUGUAUCCAAAGGCCAUCUUGCUGUUUACGUUGGAGAAACCGAGAAGAAGAGAUUUGUUGUCCCAAUUUCAUUUUUGAAGCAUCCUUCAUUUCAAAACUUGCUAAGCCAUGCUGAAGAGGAGUUUGGAUUUGAUCAUCCAAUGGGUGGUCUCACCAUCCCAUGCAGAGAAGAAAUCUUCAUUGAUCUCACUUGCAAUUUGAAUUGCUCUUAAGCAAGGAGAUGA